AUGAGAUCAACUCGCCCAGUUUUGCCUGCUCCUGGAGCACCUAUCACAACACCACGGCUGCUGUUGAGGCCCUUCCAGCCUUCAGACCUCAAUGACUACCAUGUACUUCGAACUCAAUCAGAGGUAAUGAUGUGGACGAGUUCUGGGAAAGUCGAUGUAGAUCACGAGGCUACGCAAACCUGGAUGAACCGAUUCCUCCCACCGAAUGAUGCGAAUACAUUCUGUGUCACCAUUGAACAAUUGAACGAGCCUGGAAAGGUGAUUGGAACAAUUGGUUGCCACCAUAGCGAACCAGCAGAGGUUGGCUAUAUGUUUCGAACUGAGGUCUGGGGGAAAGGAUACGCAUCUGAAGCAAUGGAAUACUGGUUGCAGGCAUGGUGGAACUUGCCACGCAGAGAGAUCGUUAUCAAAUCGGAUGACGCGAAUGAGUCUGACAGCACAGAGGUCGUGCCCGAAAAAUUGCAGGCAGACGUCGUCGAUACCAACCAUGCCAGUCGGAGGAUAUUGGAAAAAUUCGGAUUCAUUCCUGUGUAUGAAGAGAUGGUGGACGACCACCAGAUACCAGGGCAAAAGAUCAAGGUGAUCACUUUAGAGCUGCAAAGGCCACAAUAG